AUGGUCCACAAGCAGAUCUACUACUCAGACAAGUACUUCAACAAGCACUACGAGUACUGGCAUGUCAUGUUACCCAGAGAACUUUCUAAACAAGUACCCAAAACUCAUCUGAUGUCCGAAGAGGAAUGGAGAAGACUUGGUGUUCAAAAGAAUCUAGGAUGGGUUCAUUACAUGAUCCAUGAGCCAGAACCACAUAUUCUUCUCUUUAGACAGCCUCUUCCAAAAGAACAACAAAAAUGAAAUACAGCUGGGAUCAUCUAAUAAUCUUUUUCAAAUUUAAUGUAUAUGUGUAUAUAAGGUAGUAUUCAGUGAAUACUUCAAAAAUGUACACAUCUUUUAUCCAUACCUGUGCAUGAGCUGUAUUCUUCACAGCAACAGAGCUCAGUUAAAUACAACUGCAAGU